ACCAAGUCUACCCACGGCAGGCCACAGCAGAAAAGCGCAGAAGCAGCCCAGACUCAGCGUUGCGUGUAACCAUGCUGUGUUGCGUCCCUCCCAAAAGGCCGCGUGCGUGUUGAACCAAAGCCUUGCUCUUUUUUUUUUCUCUUCUGAAAACCGACCCCAAAGGUCGUGCUGCUCUGUCAAAAACCAGGAAAAGAGCAGUUCAACUGGCCGGGCAUGAGGGGCGUAGCAUCUUCGCUUGAACAAAAUGAGCGUACCACUUUCUUCAUCCAAACAAUCCACAGUCUUCCUCCUACGCCUCUGUCUGCUCAAACCCCAAACACCCGCAAUCCCUUAUUAUCCCCUCCACCGCCACCUCUCUACCGAACCCAAUCCACCACCACAACCACCACCACUAGACGAGGAAUCGUUGAUAAACGAGGCAGUCCAACUCUUCCAAGCGUUAGAAGAUGGGAACUCCAGCUCUACCCAACUUCACCAGCUCCUCUUUACCUCUUCUUCUCCUUCCUCUCCUGGUAUUUUUCGCCAAAUCACUCGUCGAUUGGCCUCUUCUUCUCAAGCCCUCGAGUUCUUCGACUACAUCCGAUCAAAUUCGCCUUCACAAGAGUUAACGUCAUUGACCUUCCCGUUCGAGGCCAUCUUCGAGCUCGCUCGCCGCGAACCUGAUCCUCAGAACAAGCUGUUAGAGCUUUAUAGGACGUCCAAGGAGCGGAAUAUCCCGCUUACAGUUAAUGGCGCAACACUUCUUGUUCGUUGCUUGGGAAGGGCCGAAAGGGUGGACGAGGCGCUGGCUGUAGUUGACGAUCUAGACCCGUCUCUCAAAAACACGCACUUUUACAAUGUGGUGGUUGCUGUGCUAUUCAGAUCAGGGCGCUUCGUCGAGGCUCUUAACAUGCUUGAUGAAAUGCUUCAACCAGGUGCGGACUGUCCGCCUAAUGAUAUUACAGGUCAUGUUGUUUUUGCUGCGUUGUCAAGUAGGGAGUGGUUUGGAAGAAGUAUUAGUGACGAGGAGAUUGUUGGGUUGGUGUCAAAAUUACUUGAACACGGUGUGUUUCCAGAUACCUUUAAACUUAUGCAAUUAAUUACCAAGUUGUGCAGGAAUAAGAAGAUAGGUCGUGCUUGGGAUGUUUUACAUGACGUGAUGAAGGCUGGUGGUACUUUGGAAGCCGCUUCUUGCAAUGCACUCUUGAUGGGGUUGGGAAGGGAUGGGGAUUUUGAAAGGAUGAAUACGCUGAUGACCGAGAUGAAAGCGAUGGAUAUUCAGCCAAAUGUGGUAACUUUUGGGAUCCUUAUUAAUCAUAUGUGCAAAUCUCGGAGGGUUGAUGAGGCACUGGAGGUUUUUGAGAAAAUGAAAGGAGUGAGUGAUGGGUUGUCUGUUGAACCUGAUGUAAUCACAUAUAAUACUUUGAUUGAUGGACUUUGUAAAGUUGGGAGGCAAGAAGAAGGGUUGACUUUGAUGGACCAGAUGAGAUCUGAAAAUAAAUGUAUGCCAAAUACUGUUACCUAUAAUUGCUUGAUUGAUAGGUUCUGCAAAGCUGGAGAAAUUGAGAGGGCACAAGAGCUCUUUGAUCAGAUGAACAAGGAAAGAGUAUUUCCUGACGUAAUCACCCUCACUGCUUUGGUUGAUGGUAUGUGCAAACAUGGGAGGAUCAAUAGUGCAGUUCAGUUCUCCGAUGAAAUGCAAAGUAAAGGGCUGAAAGGCAACGCUGUGACAUUUACAGCCUUGAUUAAAGCUUUUUGUAAUGUUAACAAUAUUGAUAAAGCAAUGGAGGUUUUUGAGAAAAUGAUAGGAGGGAAUGAUGGGUUUUCUGUUGAACCUAAUGUAAUCACAUAUAAUACUUUGAUUGAUGGACUUUGUAAAGUUGGGAGGCAAGAAGAAGGGUUGACUUUGUUGCAUCAGAUGAGAUCUGAAAAUAAAUGUAUGCCAGAUACUGUUACCUAUAAUUGCUUGAUUGAUGGGUUCUGCAAAGCUGGCAAAAUUGAGAGGGCACAAGAGCUCUUUGAUCAGAUGAACAAGGAAAGAGUAUUUCCCAAUGUAAUCACCCUUACUACUUUGGUUGGUGGUAUGUGCAGACAUGGGAGGAUCAAUAGUGCAGUUCAGUUCUUCAAUAAAAUGCGAAGUGAAGGUCUGAAAGGUGAUGCUGUGACGUUUUCAAUCUUGAUUAAUGCUUUUUGCAAUGCUAACAAUAUUGAUAAAGCAAUGGAACUUUUCAAUCAAAUGUCGAAGGAUGGAUGCUCCCCAGGUGCAAUUGUUUUUUAUAGAUUGAUAUCUGGUUUGAGCAAAGCUGGAAGGAUGGAUGAUGCCAGCUCUGUCGUAUCAAUGUUGAAAGAAGCUGGAUUCUGCCUUGACAUUGUGCGCUACAAUGUUCUCAUUGGUGGGUUCUGUAGGAAGAACAAAUUGGAUAAAGCUUAUGAGAUGCUCAAAGAAAUGGAGCAAGCUGGAGUUAAGUCUGAUAUUGUAACAUAUAACACCUUGAUUUCCUAUUUGAGCAAAGCUGGAAACUUUGCAACCGCCCAUAGAGUUAUGAGAAAUAUGAUUAAGGAGGGUCUUGUGCCCACAGUUGUCACUUAUAGAGUGCUGAUACGCGCAUACUGCUUAAAUGGCAAAAUUGAAGAAGCAAUGAAGAUUUUUAGAGAUAUGAGCUCUUCGUCAAAGGUUCCUCCCGACAAUGUAAUAUACAAUGUUCUAAUAGAUUCUCUUUGCAAAAAGAAUGAAGUAGAGCUUGCUCUUUCUCUGAUGGAUGAAAUGAAAGUUGAGGGGGUCAGGCCUAAUGUUACCACAUACAAUGCUAUGUUCAAAGGUCUGCGAGAGAAAAAUUUCUUGGAGAAAGCAUUUGACCUCAUGGACAGAAUGGUUGAAGAGGCAUGUAAUCCUGAUUACAUAACCAUGGAUGUACUUACCGAAUGGCUUCCUGCAGUAGGUGAAACGGGAAAGUUGAAAAAAUUUGUUAACGGAUACGAAGUUUCUGUUUCUACUUCAUAGGAUGGCUGUAGGAUCUGGAGGAUGGGAUUACUCAAAAGUUUGAAAUGCAUCUAUUGUCAUACGCGGUAGAAAAUAUGUGGGUUCCAUGCUUUCCAUCGCGAACAAACCCGAUAAAAAUGUAGAUGUAUUCCAUAUCCAUGUUGAUGAGUUAUAUUCAAUUGAGUUAUUUGUACGCGUCUAGUUUCAGAUCAAGUUUUUUAUCUUUUUGGAUAAAUAGUGAUUUUAUGUGAUAUCAGAACUAGAUUCUCAGUUAAAUAUUCCAUGUGAUGGAUCCGUUUAUUUUGGGAGAAUCUAACCCACAUAUGAGAAGAAGCAUUAAGGAUAUGAUAUAAAUAAUUAAAUUGAAGCUUCAUUUUUCUCC